AUGGGUGACCUGAGCGGGUGUCGGGCGCUGGCCUGGGCCCUCCUGGCCCUGCUCUGGGUGCCGAAGGCAGAGCCCCAGGGCAGCGCAGAGCCGAGCUGGGCAGACACAGAGGCAGCCAAGGGCAGUCGGAGGAUGGACACUGCCCAGCGCACGAUCUUCCUCCCGCCCAUCACCGUCCUCCCCACCAUGAGCCCGGGGCCUCCACCACGCUCUCCCUCAGCCCUGAACCCGGCGCACAACGGGCGGGUCUGCAGCACGUGGGGCGACUUCCACUACAAGACCUUCGACGGCGACGUGUUCCGCUUCCCCGGCCGCUGCAACUACGUCUUCUCCGCGCACUGCGGGGCCGCCUACGAGGACUUCAACGUCCAGCUGCGCCGCGGCCUGGCCGGCUCCAGGCCCACCAUCACCCACGUGGUCCUCAAGGCCCAGGGGCUGGUGCUGGAGGUGUCCAACGGCUCCGUCCUCAUCGACGGGCGGCGGGAGGAGCUGCCCUUCAGCCGGGCGGGGCUGCUGGUGGAGCGGAGCAGCGACUACGUCAAGGUCAGCGUCCGGCUGGUGCUCACCUUCAUGUGGAACGGCGAGGACAGCGCCCUGCUGGAGCUGGACCCCAAGUACGCCAACCAGACGUGUGGCCUCUGUGGGGACUUCAACGGGCUCCCGGCCGUGAACGAGUUCUACGCCCACAACGCCAGGCUGACGCCGCUGCAGUUCGGGAACCUGCAGAAGCUGGACGGGCCCACGGAGCAGUGCCAGGACCCCCAGCCCGGCCCGGCCGGCAACUGCACGGACGCGGAGGACCUCUGCCGCCGCACCCUGCUGGGCCCGGCCUUCGCCCAGUGCAACGGGCUGGUGGCCGCCGACAAGUACGUGGCCGCCUGCGCCCAGGACCUGUGCCGCUGCCCCACCUGCCCGUGCGCCACCUUCGCCGAGUACUCACGCCAGUGCGCCCACGCGGGGGGGCAGCCGCAGAACUGGAGGGGCCCCGACCUCUGCCCCCGGACGUGCCCCCUCAACAUGCAGCACCAGGAGUGCGGCUCGCCCUGCGCGGACACCUGCUCCAACCCCGAGCGCGCCCAGCUCUGCGAGGACCACUGCGUGGACGGCUGCUUCUGCCCCCCAGGCACGGUGCUCGAUGACGUCACCCAUACUGGCUGCCUGCCCCUGCAGCGCUGCCCCUGCACCCACGGCGGCCGCACCUACGCCCCGGGGGCCUCCUUCACCACCAGCUGCAGCUCCUGCACCUGCUUGGGGGGACUGUGGCAGUGCCAGGACCUCCCGUGCCCGGGCACCUGCUCCGUCCAGGGUGGCUCCCACAUCUCCACCUACGACGAGAAACUCUAUGACAUGCACGGCGACUGCAGCUACGUCCUGUCCAAGAAAUGUGCAGACAGCGGCUUCACGGUGCUGGCCGAGCUGCGGAAGUGCGGCCUGACAGACAACGAGAACUGCCUCAAGACGGUGACCCUGAGCAUGGACGGCGGGGACACGGUCAUCCAGAUCCAGGCCAGUGGCGGGGUGUUCAUGAACUCCAUCUACACCCAGCUGCCCGUGUCCGCAGCCAACAUCACCAUAUUCCGGCCCUCGACCUUCUUCAUCCUGGUGCAGACGGGCCUCGGGCUGCAGCUGGAGGUGCAGCUGGUGCCCCUCAUGCAGCUGGUCCUCAGGCUGGACCCCGCCUACCGAGGCCAGAUGUGCGGCCUCUGCGGGAACUUCAACCAGAACCAGGCGGACGACUUCCUCAGCCUGAGCGGCGUGGUGGAGGGCACGGCCGCCGCCUUCGCCAACACCUGGAAGACCCAGGCCGCCUGCCCCAACGUCAGGAACAGCUUGGAGGACCCCUGCGCCCUGAGCGUGGAGAACGAGAACUACGCCCGGCACUGGUGCUCCCUGCUCACCGACCCGGCCGGCGCCUUCUCCCCCUGCCACUCCGUCAUCAGCCCCACACCCUUCCACUCGAACUGCCUGUUCGACACGUGCAACUGCGAGAAGAGCGAGGACUGCCUGUGCGCCGCGCUGUCCGCCUACGUCCGCGCCUGCGCCGCGCGGGGCGUGCUGCUCCGCGGCUGGAGGGCCGGCGUCUGCACCAAGUACACGAGCACCUGCCCCAAGUCCCAGCGCUACGCCGACGUGGUGGACCGCUGCCAGCCCACCUGCCGCGCCCUGGGCCAGGCUGACGUCACCUGCGGCGUGGCCUUCGUGCCCGUGGACGGCUGCACCUGCCCCGACGGCACCUUCCUGGACGACGCGGGCAGCUGCGUGCCCGCCGAGGCCUGUCCCUGCUACUUCCGCGGCUCCGUGGUGGCCCCCGGGGAGGUGGUGCACGACCACGGCGUGGUGUGCUCCUGCGCGAGUGGGAAGCUGAGCUGCCUGGGCGCCGUGGAGCAGACCAGCACAGGCUGCGCGGCCCCCAUGGUGUACCUGGACUGCAGCAACGCCUCGGCGGGCACACCGGGCGCCGAGUGCCUCCGGAGCUGCCACACGCUGGACGUGGACUGUUUCAGCACUCACUGCGUGUCCGGCUGCGUCUGCCCGCCGGGGCUGGUGUCUGACGGGAGCGGGGGCUGCGUGGCCGAGGAGGACUGCCCCUGUCUGCACAACGACGCCGCCUACAGGCCCGGGGACUCCAUCAGGGUCGACUGCAACACCUGCACCUGCCGGAACCGCAGGUGGGAGUGCAGCAGCCGGCCCUGCCUGGGCACCUGCGUGGCCUACGGGGACGGCCACUUCAUCACCUUCGACGGCGAGCGGUACAAUUUCGAGGGCAGCUGCGAGUACACGCUGGCCCAGGACUACUGCGGAGGCAACGGCGCCAACGGGACCUUCCGCAUCGUCACCGAGAACAUCCCCUGCGGGACCACGGGGGUCGCCUGCUCCAAGGCCAUCAAGCUCUUCCUGGAGAACUAUGAGCUGAUCCUCCACGAGGGCACCUACAAGGUGGUGCAGAGGGGGCCGGGCGCAGACCUGCCCUACAGGAUCCGGUACAUGGGCACCCACCUGGCCAUCGAGACCCGCAGCGGCCUGGUAGUGUCCUGGGACCGGAGGACCAGCGUCUUCAUCCGGCUGCACCAGGAUCACAAGGGGCGGGUCUGCGGGCUGUGCGGGAACUUCGACGACAACGCCGUCAACGACUUCACCACGCGCAGCCAGUCCGUGGUGGGCGACGCUCUGGAGUUCGGCAACAGCUGGAAACUCUCCCCCACCUGCCCUGACGCCCCGGCCCCCCGGGACCCCUGCACCGCCAACCCCUACCGCAAGUCCUGGGCGCAGCGGCAGUGCAGCCUCAUCAACAGCGCCACCUUCCAGGCCUGCCGUGCUCAGGUCGACUCCACCAAGUACUACGAGGCCUGUGUGAGCGACGCGUGCGCCUGCGACUCCGGGGGCGACUGCGAGUGUUUCUGCACCGCCGUGGCCGCCUACGCCCAGGCCUGCCGGGACGCGGGCGUGUGCGUGGCCUGGCGCACUCCGGAAGUCUGCCCCCUGUUCUGCGACUACUACAACCCCCACGGGGAGUGCGAGUGGCACUACCAGCCCUGCGGGGCGCCCUGCCUGCGGACCUGCCGCAACCCCAGUGGACGCUGCCUGAUGGACCUGCCAGGCCAGGAAGGCUGCUACCCGAAGUGUCCGCCCAGCAAGCCGUUCUUCAGUGAGGACCAGAUGAGGUGUGUGGCCCAGUGUGGCUGCUACGAUGACGAUGAGAACUACUACGAUGUUGGUACCAAGGUCCCCACCGCAGAGAACUGCCAGAGCUGUAACUGCACCCCGGGCGGCAUCCAGUGCACAUACAGCCUCGCGGCCUGCACGUGCACGUACGAGGGCAGGACCUACGGCUACGAGGACGUCAUCUACAACACGACCGACGGGCUGGGCGCCUGCCUGGUGGCCGUCUGCGGGAGCAACGGGACCAUCACGCGGACGACCGUGGAAUGUCGCGUCACGCCGUCCACCACGCCUUUCACCUUCACCUCGACUGCGGCUCCGCCCUCCACCACAGGUCCGGUCCCCACGCUCUCCACCGUGUGCGUGCAAGAGCUGUGCCACUGGUCUGCCUGGUACGACAGCGGCCGCCCGGAGCCGGGCAUGGGAGGUGGGGACUUCGAGACGUUUGCAAACCUGAGGCAGAGGGGUCACCAGGUCUGCCCGGCACCAGCUGGAGUCGAGUGCCGCGCGCAGCUGCUUCCAGACACGCCCCUGGAGCAGCUGGGCCAGAAGGUGGAGUGCAGCCCCCGGCUCGGGCUCAGGUGCCUCAACAGCGAGCAGGACCCUCCGCUCUGCCACAACUACGAGCUGCGGGUGCUCUGCUGCGACUACGUGCCCUGCGGCACCAGCCAGAAGCCGACCCUCCUGCCCCGGCCCACCUCCCCCGUCCAGGCAACCACAGCCUUGACCUCACCGACGACACAGACCCGGGUGACAAGCAGCUCCGAGGUCCCCGGCACCACCUGCCAGCCCCGCUGUCAGUGGACGGAGUGGUUCGAUGAGGAUUACCCCAAGUCCGAGGAGGCUGGGGGCGACAUCGAGUCAUACGACAGGAUCAGGAGCGCGGGGGGCGAUGUGUGCGAGCGGCCGCAGGACAUAGAGUGCCGGGCGGUGAACUUCCCGGACAGGAGGCCUGAGGAGCUGGGCCAGCUCGUGCACUGCGACCCCAGCUUCGGCCUGGUCUGCAGGAAUGAUGAGCAGAUGGGCCUGUUCAAGAUGUGCUACAACUACCAGAUCCGCCUGCUGUGCUGCAGCCACAGCCACUGCGGGGAGCCCACCCCUGCCACCGCCAGUGCCGCCACAGCCACCUCCACCUCCAUCGCCACCCCUGCCACCGCCAGCGCCACCAUAGCCACAGCCACCACCACCUCCACUGCCACCACCAGUGCCACCACCGUCAUAGCCACUGUCUCCUCCACUACCACCUCCACCACAGCCGCCACCUCCACCUCCACUGCCACCCCUGCCACCACCUCCACUGCCACCCCUGCCCCCACCACCACAGCCACAGCCACCACCACCUCCACUGCCACUGCCACCACCACCACAGCCACAGCCACCACCAUCUCCACUGCCACCACUGAAGCCACCAGCAGCCAGGGCACGACUGGCUGCGAGCCCAAGUGCGAGUGGACAGAAUGGUUUGACGUGGACUUCCCCACCUCGGGGGUCACGGGCGGAGACAUGGAGACCUACGACAACAUCAGGGCCGCCGGCGGCAAGAUGUGCCGGGAGCCGCAGAAGAUUGAGUGCCGGGCAGAGAGCUACCCGGAGGUGAGCCUGGACCAGAUCGGGCAGGUGGUGAGCUGCAGCCUGCAGGCCGGGCUGGUCUGCAGGAACCGGGACCAGAGGGGGCCGUUCACCAUGUGCUUCAACUACAACGUCCGUGUGCUCUGCUGCGACGGCGCCAGCCGCUGCCCCACCUCCACCGCGCCCCCGCCCGUGCCGUCCACCAGGGGCCUGACCACGACGGCCGGGCCUGCCUCGUCCAGUGCCCCCCACACAGCCACCCUGGCCACCUCCCCCAUACAGACCACACCUGAGUCCUCGGCCACCAGCCCCUCCUUGGGGACCACCCUGCCCUCCAGCUCCUGGAAGCCCAGCUCCGUCUCGCCCAUGCCAACGUCCCCGACCUCGGGGCCCUGCACGCCGCAGUGCACGUGGACAGACUGGUUCGACGUGGACUAUCCCUCUCUGGGCCCCAAUGGCGGCGACUUUGAGACCUACACCAACAUCCGGGAGGCGGGCGGGCUCAUCUGCGAGCGGCCCCUGGACCUGGAGUGCCGGGCCUCGUCGCUGCCCGACGUGCCCCUGCGGCAGCUGGGCCAGGUGGUGCGGUGCCGCCUGGAGGAGGGCCUGGUGUGCCGCAACCGCGACCAGGACAGCUGGUUCAAGGUGUGCCUCAACUACCAGGUCCGCGUGCUCUGCUGUGACGACUACCGCCACUGCCCCAGCACCUCGGCCACCACCACAGUGACUCUCCCGGGGUCGAGCCUGAGGCCGCUCUCCCCAACAGCCUCCAGUCCUACCACCCCCCACACAGCCCGAACCACAGCGACGACCAGCUGCCAGCCGACAUGCCGCUGGACCGACUGGCUGGACACGGACCGGCCUCUGCCUGGCCGCUAUGGGGGCGACAUUGAGACCUACUACCACAUCAGGCAGGCGGGCGGGCAGCUCUGCGCAGAGCCGGACGCCAUCCAGUGCGAGGCCGUGCUGUCACCAGGGGUGCCUCUCGAGGCGCUGGGCCAGGUGGUACAGUGCGCCCGUGAGUAUGGCUUCAUCUGCAGGAACAGUCGGCAGCGGGCGGGCGAGUCCUGCCUCAACUACCACAUCCGCGUGCGCUGCUGCGACGACUACAGCCACUGCUACUCCACGCCCGGAACCACGGCGGUCCCCUCUCCGUCUUCAGGAGGCACCCUCAAACCGGUGACGCCCACCACCAGGGCCACCACCCUUGUGGGGCACUCCACGGCCUCCAGAGGCACCUCCCCGGCCAGUGAGCCCACCACCACGCCCUGGGAGACCCUGUCCGGACGCACCAGCACUGUGAUCAGCACCACCAGAGCCAACUCCAGCCCGGGGGCCAGCACCAGGCCCUCCCCAUCGCCCCCCAUUCCCGUGACCACCAGCUCCCUGCCGGGCACCACCCCGGGCCCUUCUACAGCCGUCCCCACGGCCACAGGCUCCACGAUUAAGGCUCCCACCUCAGCCAUCACGACCUCCAGCACCACGACCUCCGUGGCCACACCCACGGCCUGUCAGCCUCGCUGUGCCUGGACCGACUGGCUGGACCAGAGCUACCCCAUGCCCGGCGCCUCCGGAGGGGACUUUGAGACCUACGCCAACAUGCAGGCAGCCGGCCGGCCCGUCUGCGCGCGGCCUGUGGGCUUGGAGUGCCGGGCCGAGAGGCUGCCCGACGUGCCCCUGGAGCAGCUGGGCCAGGUGGUGCAGUGCCAGCUGGAGGAGGGCCUGGUGUGCCACAACCGCGACCAGGGCGGCCGCUUCAAGAUGUGCUUCAACUACCAGAUCCGCGUGCUCUGCUGUGACGACUACAGCCACUGCCCCAGCACGGCCAUGCCCACCAGCACGGCCACCCCCUCCAGCAAGGGCCAGCGGACUUCCAGGCCCACCGAGGUCAGCACCACGGCCACCACCCUGUCACCCCCCUCGUCCCCCAGGAUCACAGAGAGUGUCCCGGCCACCCAGACGGCUCGCACCUCCCUCAGGACCACCCAGUGGCGCUCUGUCCCAAGUCCCUCUGCCUCCACAGGGACCCUGACCACAACUGCCAAGCCAGCCUCGCCCAGUGCUCCCCACGUGGCCACCUCCCCCAUUCAGACCACCCCUGGGACCCCGUCCUCCAGGCCUGCCUUAGGGACCACCCUGCUCACCAGCUCCCUGAGGCCGACCCCGACCUCCACGACCUCCACGACCUCUGGGGCCUGCACGCCACGGUGCACGUGGACAGACUGGCUGGACGAGGACUACCCGACCCCGGUUCCCGACGGCGGGGACUUUGAGACCCUCUCUGUCCUCCGCGCUGCCGGCCACAGCUUCUGCGAGCAGCCUCAGGACAUCGAGUGCCGAGCCGAGAAGGUGCCGGACGCGAGCCUGGAGGACGUGGGCCAGGUGGUGCAGUGCGACGUGCGCUUCGGGCUGGUGUGCCGCAACCGCGACCAGGGCGGCCGCUUCAGGAUGUGUCUCAACUACCACGUGCGUCUGCUCUGCUGCGACUACAGCCACUGCCCCUCCACGCCCGGCACCACGGCGGUCCCCUCCCCGUCUUCAGGAGGCACCCUCACCCCGGUGACGCCCACCACCAGGGCCACCUCCAGCCCGGGGGCCAGCACCAGACCCUCCCCAUCGCCCCCCAUUCCCGUGACCACCAGCUCCCUGCCGGGCACCACCCCGGGCCCUUCUACAGCCGUCCCCACGGCUACAGGCUCCACGAUUAAGGCUCCCACCUCAGCCAUCACGACCUCCAGCACCACGACCUCCGUGGCCACUCCCACUGCCUGUCAGCCUCGCUGUGCCUGGACCGACUGGCUGGACCAGAGCUACCCCAUGCCCGGCGCCUCCGGAGGAGACUUUGAGACCUACGCCAACAUGCAGGCAGCCGGCCGGCCCGUCUGCGCGCGACCUGAGGGCUUGGAGUGCCGGGCCGAGAGGCUGCCCGACGUGCCCCUGGAGCAGCUGGGCCAGGUGGUGCAGUGCCAGCUGGAGGAGGGCCUGGUGUGCCACAACCGCGACCAGGGCGGCCGCUUCAAGAUGUGCUUCAACUACCAGAUCCGCGUGCUCUGCUGUGACGACUACAGCCACUGCCCCAGCACGGCCAUGCCCACCAGCACGGCCACCCCCUCCAGCAAGGGCCAGCGGACUUCCGGGCCCACCGAGGUCAGCACCACGGCCACCACCCUGUCACCCCCCUCGUCCCCCAGGAUCACAGAGAGUGUUCCGGCCACCCAGACGGCUCGCACCUCCCUCAGGACCACCCAGUGGCGCUCUGUCCCAAGUCCCUCUGCCUCCACAGGGACCCUGACCACAACUGCCAAGCCAGCCUCGCCCAGUGCUCCCCACGUGGCCACCUCCCCCAUACAGACCACCCCUGGGACCCCGUCCUCCAGGCCUGCCUUAGGGACCACCCUGCUCACCAGCUCCCUGAGGCCGACCCCGACCUCCACGACCUCCACGACCUCUGGGGCCUGCACGCCACGGUGCACGUGGACAGACUGGCUGGACGAGGACUACCCGACCCCGGUUCCAGACGGCGGGGACUUUGAGACCCUCUCUGUCCUCCGCGCUGCCGGCCACAGCUUCUGCGAGCAGCCUCAGGACAUCGAGUGCCGAGCCGAGAAGGUGCCGGACGCGAGCCUGGAGGACGUGGGCCAGGUGGUGCAGUGCGACGUGCGCUUCGGGCUGGUGUGCCGCAACCGCGACCAGGGCGGCCGCUUCAGGAUGUGUCUCAACUACCACGUGCGUCUGCUCUGCUGCGACUACAGCCACUGCCCCUCCACGCCCGGCACCACGGCGGUCCCCUCCCCGUCUUCAGGAGGCACCCUCACCCCGGUGACGCCCACCACCAGGGCCACCUCCAGCCCGGGGGCCAGCACCAGACCCUCCCCAUCGCCCCCCAUUCCCGUGACCACCAGCUCCCUGCCGGGCACCACCCCGGGCCCUUCUACAGCCGUCCCCACGGCUACAGGCUCCACGAUUAAGGCUCCCACCUCAGCCAUCACGACCUCCAGCACCACGACCUCCGUGGCCACUCCCACUGCCUGUCAGCCUCGCUGUGCCUGGACCGACUGGCUGGACCAGAGCUACCCCAUGCCCGGCGCCUCCGGAGGAGACUUUGAGACCUACGCCAACAUGCAGGCAGCCGGCCGGCCCGUCUGCGCGCGACCUGAGGGCUUGGAGUGCCGGGCCGAGAGGCUGCCCGACGUGCCCCUGGAGCAGCUGGGCCAGGUGGUGCAGUGCCAGCUGGAGGAGGGCCUGGUGUGCCACAACCGCGACCAGGGCGGCCGCUUCAAGAUGUGCUUCAACUACCAGAUCCGCGUGCUCUGCUGUGACGACUACAGCCACUGCCCCAGCACGGCCAUGCCCACCAGCACGGCCACCCCCUCCAGCAAGGGCCAGCGGACUUCCGGGCCCACCGAGGUCAGCACCACGGCCACCACCCUGUCACCCCCCUCGUCCCCCAGGAUCACAGAGAGUGUCCCUGCCACCCAGACGGCUCGCACCUCCCUCGGGACCACCCAGUUGCGCUCUGUCCCAAGUCCCUCUGCCUCCACAGGGACCCUGACCACAACUGCCAAGCCAGCCUCGCCCAGUGCUCCCCACGUGGCCACCUCCCCCAUACAGACCACCCCUGGGACCCCGUCCUCCAGGCCUGCCUUAGGGACCACCCUGCUCACCAGCUCCCUGAGGCCGACCCCGACCUCCACGACCUCCACGACCUCUGGGGCCUGCACGCCACGGUGCACGUGGACAGACUGGCUGGACGAGGACUACCCGACCCCGGUUCCCGACGGCGGGGACUUUGAGACCCUCUCUGUCCUCCGCGCUGCCGGCCACAGCUUCUGCGAGCAGCCUCAGGACAUCGAGUGCCGAGCCGAGAAGGUGCCGGACGCGAGCCUGGAGGACGUGGGCCAGGUGGUGCAGUGCGACGUGCGCUUCGGGCUGGUGUGCCGCAACCGCGACCAGGGCGGCCGCUUCAGGAUGUGUCUCAACUACCACGUGCGUCUGCUCUGCUGCGACUACAGCCACUGCCCCUCCACGCCCGGCACCACGGCGGUCCCCUCCCCGUCUUCAGGAGGCACCCUCACCCCGGUGACGCCCACCACCAGGGCCACCUCCAGCCCGGGGGCCAGCACCAGACCCUCCCCAUCGCCCCCCAUUCCCGUGACCACCAGCUCCCUGCCGGGCACCACCCCGGGCCCUCCUACAGCCGUCCCCACGGCUACAGGCUCCACGAUUAAGGCUCCCACCUCAGCCAUCACGACCUCCAGCACCACGACCUCCGUGGCCACGCCCACGGCCUGUCAGCCUCGCUGUGCCUGGACCGACUGGCUGGACCAGAGCUACCCCAUGCCCGGCGCCUCCGGAGGGGACUUUGAGACCUACGCCAACAUGCAGGCAGCCGGCCGGCCCGUCUGCGCGCGGCCUGUGGGCUUGGAGUGCCGGGCCGAGAGGCUGCCCGACGUGCCCCUGGAGCAGCUGGGCCAGGUGGUGCAGUGCCAGCUGGAGGAGGGCCUGGUGUGCCACAACCGCGACCAGGGCGGCCGCUUCAAGAUGUGCUUCAACUACCAGAUCCGCGUGCUCUGCUGUGACGACUACAGCCACUGCCCCAGCACGGCCAUGCCCACCAGCACGGCCACGCCCACCAGCACAGCCAUGCCCACCAGCACAGGCCAGCGGACUGCCGGGCCCACUGAGGUCAGCACCACGGCCACCACCCUGUCACCCGCUUCGUCCCCCAGGAUCACAGAGAGUGUCCCGGCCACCCAGACGGCUCGCACUUCCCUCAGGACCACCCAGUUGCGCUCUGUCCCAAGUCCCUCUGCCUCCACAGGGACCCUGACCACAACUGCCAAGCCAGCCUCACCCAGUGCCCCCCAUGUGGCCACCUCCCCCAUUCAGACCACCCCUGGGACCCCAUUCUCCAGUCCCAUCUCUGGGACCUCCCUGACCACCAGCUCCCUGAAGCCAACCAUGACAACCAUGACCUCCACAACCUCCAUAACCUCCAUGACCUCUGUGACCUGCACGCCUCGGUGUAUGUGGACUGACUGGUUUGACGCUGACUAUCCCACGCCCGGCCACGACGGCGGGGACUUUGAGACCCUCUCUGUCCUCCGCGCUGCUGGCCACAGCUUCUGUGAGCAGCCUCAGGACAUCGAGUGCCGAGCCGAGAAGGUGCCGGACGCGAGCCUGGAGGACGUGGGCCAGGUGGUGCAGUGCGACGUGCGCUUCGGGCUGGUGUGCCGCAACCGCGACCAGGGCGGCCGCUUCAGGAUGUGUCUCAACUACCACGUGCGUCUGCUCUGCUGCGACUACAGCCACUGCCCCUCCACGCCCGGCACCACGGCGGUCCCCUCCCCGUCUUCAGGAGGCACCCUCACCCCGGUGACGCCCACCACCAGGGCCACCUCCAGCCCGGGGGCCAGCACCAGACCCUCCCCAUCGCCCCCCAUUCCCGUGACCACCAGCUCCCUGCCGGGCACCACCCCGGGCCCUUCUACAGCCGUCCCCACGGCUACAGGCUCCACGAUUAAGGCUCCCACCUCAGCCAUCACGACCUCCAGCACCACGACCUCCGUGGCCACGCCCACGGCCUGUCAGCCUCGCUGUGCCUGGACCGACUGGCUGGACCAGAGCUACCCCAUGCCUGGCGCCACCGGAGGGGACUUUGAGACCUACGCCAACAUGCAGGCAGCCGGCCGGCCCGUCUGCGCGCAGCCUGAGGGCCUGGAGUGCCGGGCCGAGAGGCUGCCCGACGUGCCCCUGGAGCAGCUGGGCCAGGUGGUGCAGUGCCAGCUGGAGGAGGGCCUGGUGUGCCACAACCGCGACCAGGGCGGCCGCUUCAAGAUGUGCUUCAACUACCAGAUCCGCGUGCUCUGCUGUGACGACUACAGCCACUGCCCCAGCACGGCCAUGCCCACCGGCAUGGCCACGCCCACCAGCACAGUCAUGCCCACCAGCACGGGCCAGCGGACUUCCAGGCCCACCGAGGUCAGCACCACGGCCACCACCCUGUCACCCCCCUCGUCCCCCAGGAUCACAGAGAGUGUCCCAGCCACCCAGACGGCUCGCACCUCCCUCAGGACCACCCAGUGGCGCUCUGUCCCAAGUCCCUCUGCCUCCACAGGGACCCUGACCACAACUGCCAAGCCAGCCUCGCCCAGUGCUCCCCACGUGGCCACCUCCCCCAUACAGACCACCCCUGGGACCCCGUCCUCCAGUCCCAUCUUUGGGACCACCCUGCCCACCAGCUCCCUGAGGCCGACCCCGACCUCCACGACCUCCAUGACCUCCACGACCUCUGGGGCCUGCACGCCACGGUGCACGUGGACAGACUGGCUGGACGAGGACUACCCGACCCCGGUUCCCGACGGCGGGGACUUUGAGACCCUCUCUGUCCUCCGUGCUGCCGGCCACAGCUUCUGCGAGCAGCCUCAGGACAUCGAGUGCCGAGCCGAGAAGGUGCCGGACGCGAGCCUGGAGGACGUGGGCCAGGUGGUGCAGUGCGACGUGCGCUUCGGGCUGGUGUGCCGCAACCGCGACCAGGGCGGCCGCUUCAGGAUGUGUCUCAACUACCACGUGCGUCUGCUCUGCUGCGACAGCCACUGCCCGUCCUCAGCCCCGGAGACCGCCACGCCCCCCUGGCUCCCCAGCACCCCUGUGUCCAGCGCCUCCCCCAGCCCUCCCGUCUCUACCGCACCCUGCCGGUGCCGGGCAUUUGGACAGCUGUUCUCACCAGGGGACGUCGUCUACAACAGGACCGACAAGGCCGGCUGCCACUUCUACGCCAUCUGCAACCAGCACUGCGAGCUCGACCGCUUCCAGGGCGCCUGCCCCACCUCCUCGCCCCAGGAGCUCCUGACGGCGACCUGGGUGCCCCUGACCUUUCCAACUCCUGGCUGUGACCUUGUGGACCCUCCCCGCCAGGUGAAUGAGACCUGGACGCUGGAGGACUGCACGGUGGCGCGGUGCGAGGGCGACAACCGCAUCGUCCUGCUGGAGCCGCAGCCCGUGGCCCAGGUCUCCUGUGUGAACGGACACCUGCCGGUCAAGGUGCAGAGCCCGCAGGAGCCCUGCCAGUUCCACUACGAGUGCGAAUGCUCCUGCAGCAGCUGGGGGGACUCCCACUACGUCACCUUCGACGGCACCCCCUACUCCUUCCGGGACAACUGCACGCACGUGCUCAUGAGGGAGAUCCGGCCCCGGCACGGGAACCUCAGCGUCCUCCUGGACAACCACCACUGCAGGGCCGCGGCCUCCGCCAGCUGCCCCCGCGCCCUCAGCGUCCGCUACGAGUCCUCGGAGGUCGUCCUCACCACCGAGACCGCCGCCAGCGGGCAGGAGGAGGGCCUGAUCCUGUUCGACCACGUGCGGGUGAGCCAGGGCUUCAGCAAGAACGGCGUGAGCGUGUCCAUGACGGCGAGCACCACGAUGCGCGUGGACAUCCCAGCCGUCGGGGUCAGCAUCACCUUCGACGGGCAGGUCUUCCAGGUCCAGCUGUCCUACAGCCACUUCAGCCACAACACCGAGGGCCAGUGCGGCACCUGCACCAACAGCAAGACGGACGACUGCCGCCUGCCGGACGGCACCAUCGCCCCCACCUGCCAGGACAUGGGCAGCGCCUGGCUGGUCCCCGAGACCAACAAGGAAGGCUGCUGGGCACCCACAGGCCCGCCCGCGACCACCAGCCCCCCAUCCCCGGCACCCACCACGCCCACCUCCACCCCAUGCCCCCCAGCGCCCCUCUGCGAGCUGAUGCUGAGCCACCUCUUCGCCGAGUGCCACGACCUCAUCCCGCCCGGCCUGUUCUUCAGCGCCUGCGUCCAGGACGCCUGCCAGGCCGGCCACCCCGGGGUGCCCUGCCAGAGCCUGGAGGCCUACGCGGCGCUCUGCCGUGCCAGGGGCGCCUGCAGCGACUGGCGAAAUGCCACCGGCGGGCUGUGCGAGCUCCCCUGCCCACCCGAGAAGGUGUACAAGCCGUGUGGCCCCGUGCAGCCCGCCUCCUGCGACUUCAGGACCCAGAGCCCGGAGAGCACGGGGCUGGCGGAGGGCUGCUUCUGCCCCGACGGACAGACCCUCUUCAACUCCCACACGGACGUCUGUGUGCCCGAGUGCCCCUGCGUGGGACCAGAUGGGUUCCCCAAAUUUCCUGGAGAGCGAUGGGUCAGCAACUGCCAGGCCUGCGUGUGCGACGCGGGCUCCGUGUCGGUGCAGUGCGUGCCCGUGCAGUGUGAUGCCCGGGAACUGCCCCGCGAGUGCGGCCGGACUGGCUUCGUGGCCGUGACCAGGCCCCUGGCGGACAACCCGUGCUGCCAGGAGACGCUGUGCGUCUGCAACACGACCAGCUGCCCCCAGAGCACCCCGGCAUGUGGGCCCGGAGAGGAGCUGGCCCCAAUCCAGGAGGAGGGCGGCUGCUGCACGACCUUCAGCUGCCGGCCCAAGCUGUGCACCUACAACGGCACCGUCUAUGGGGUCGGUGCAACCUUCCCAGCGGCCACUCCCUGCCACACGUGCACCUGCCUGUCCGAGGACACCCAGGGCCCCACCGUGCAGUGUGCGGAGGACAUCUGCGACACCACCUGUCCCCUGGGUUUCGAGUAUGUGACGGUGGCCGGGCAGUGCUGUGGGGAGUGCGUGCAGAAGGCCUGCCUCACGCCCGACGGCGGGCUGGUCCAGCCCAAUGAAACCUGGAUCAACAGCCUGGUGGACAACUGCACCGAGUACCACUGCCAGGCCGAGCACGGGGUCCCCGUGCUGAUCCUCAGGCCGACGCCCUGCCCAGACGUGUCCAGCUGCAUGGGCAUCCUCAGGAAAACCGGCUGCUGCUACGUCUGCGAGGAAGUGGACUCCUGCCAGGUCCGCCUCAACAGGACGGUGCUGGAGCACCAGGGCUGCCAGGCCCCCGUCAACCUCACCUUCUGCGAGGGCUCCUGCCCAGGAGUGUCCAAGUACUCCCCGGAGGCCCAGGCCAUGCAGCGCCGCUGCUCCUGCUGCCAGGAGAUCAGGGCCCACGAGGAGGCAGUGACCCUGCAGUGCCCUGACGGGACGGCCGUCCGGCACACCUACACCCACAUCGACGAGUGCAGGUGCGACCUGGCCUGCGCACCCUCGCCGGCCGCUCCCGAGCCUGGCCAAGGCUUUGCUGUUUGACCGCUGUCU